AAAAAAAAAAAAAAAAAUUUUCGGAGGAUAUAUAGGUACUGGCAUAGAGAAUAGAGAGGCGGUUAGGUGUCUCUUGGGGUUUGCUGAUAACCCUUUGUGAUUUGGCAAGUCACGGGAGGGAUACCAUGGCAUCAAUUUGCCUCUCAAUAUCAUCGCCAUCGAAAACCCUACCAAUGGCCUCCUAUUCCUCGUUUGUGGCACAUCAGACGACCUCCUCCUCUUCUCCGUGUUCCUCUUCGCUGCCCCAUUGCAGUUGCAGAUGCUCUUUCGUCUCUUUCCCGCUUUUGCCUCCUCGCCCUGUGAUUGCUAGUCAACGGAUGAUGAGGAGGGCAAAGAAGCAGUUCCUGGUCUGUAUGGCUCCCGAAGAAGAGAAGCUCACUCGCCGCAAUCCUCUAGAUUUUCCUAUCGAAUGGGAGAGACCGAAGCCUGGGCGAAGACCUGAUAUAUUUCCGCAGUUUAGCCCUAUGAAAACACCAUUACCGCCUCCAUUGCCUUGUGAUCCUCCCGAGGAAGAUGAAGAGGAGGAAGAGAAGAAAGAGGAAGAGGAGGAAGAUCCGGAGAAGGAGGAAGAGGAGAAACCAGAUAAACAGCAGUAAUGUGAAAGAUUAAUUGCGGUCUGUUGCGGCUGUGAUGUUCCGGUCUCUAGCGAGGCUAGUGAGUUGUGUGGUAUGCGAACCUGCUGUGUCGGUGACAACCGUCUUGUACUACAGCCAACUUCUGCCUCAAAAUAUGAUGUUGGAGAGAUUGGUUCAACACAGAUUGCUUUACCUUGACAAUAAUUAUCUUUUUCACUUUCUAGUUAAUCUCUUGAGAUGUUUCUGGUAGAUUUUUACCUGUUUCUAUUUUAUAUCUUCUUCUUGUAUAAAAUUAUCUUUGCUAAUUCAUCUUCAGUUCAAUUUUUUUCUUUUUCA